AUGGCCGUCCCACCCAACGCCACGCAAACCAUUACGCACAUCGUGCUCUUCAAGUACAAGGCGACCAUCACGUGGGCCGACUUCGAGUCGCACUUCGAGACGUUCCGAGCGCUGCAGCAGCAGUGCCUGCACCCGCUGACGGGGCGGCCGUACAUGCUGUCGAUGCGCAUGGGCAAGAACCGGUCGUGGGAGCCGUUCAACAAGGGCAUGACGCACGCCUUUGUGCUCGAGUUCGCGUCGCAGGACGACCUCGACUACUACCUCACAAAGGACCCCGUCCACCUCGCCUUCAGCCGCGCCGCCCACCCGCUCAUCGAGGACAGCGUCGUGGUCGACAUCCGUGACGGCGUGCUCUUCGGGCCUGGCGCCAAGAGGCCUGCCGGCGUUACUUUCCCUGGCGAGGAGGGGAAGAGGUGGAAGGGUAGCUGCCAUUGUGGUGGUUGUGAGUGGGAGGUCGCCAUCAAGGGCGAGGGAGAGGAGUUGAAGCACGUGCUGUGCCAUUGCGAUACGUGUAAGAAGCUGGGCGGCGGACCGUACUCGUGCAACUACAUUGUGCCGAAGGACGACUUGAAGGUGACGAAGGGGAGCCCGAGCGUGUAUACCUACAAGGGCGCAAGCGGCAAGGACGUGAGAUGCUUCUUCUGCCCGACCUGCACUUCGCACAUCUACCACCACCAGGACGCCAUGCCAGAGAAGGUUAUCGUGCGCACGCUGUUGCUCGAAGGCGGAAACGAUCUUGAGGCCGGCGGCGAAAUCUUCCCUGAGGGUAAGCUGAAGUGGGUGCAGGAUUUGAAGGAAAGCUUGGAACCAGUUCCAUCAAAAAAGGCUGCCAAUGGAGUGAACGGAGUUAAUGGUGUUUGA